AUAUUUAAAAUUACUGUAAGUUUGGUACACAUAAGGGUACAUUUACAAUAAUCUAUGGAAAGAUUUGUGUAUGAAACCGUAUCUUCCAACCAAUAGUAAAAUGGAUACUUCGUAACUUUGAGUGUUCAUGAUUGGUCAUUACAACAAGUAUCAUGAUUUUCCCGCUUUUUAAGAAGCUACAGAAACGUAACGAUACCUUUUAACGAAUAUAAAUAAAUGUAUCGUGUACUUUUUAAAGUAUUUUCUUAAAGUUUAUAGUAACUUUGAACUAUUUUUGUUGAUGCGAUUAUCAUAGUUUUGUCAUUGAUUAAAAUUGUGCCUUAGAAAAAUGUUAGAUAUAUCAUGAAACUCUUGUGCUGACAAAUUUACUAAUAUUUGUGAAAAUGUACAUUGAAAUCAGAUUUCUAGUGAUGUGAAGUGAAAUUUAUUACAGCAUGGAGUGUCAGUAACAAAAAGACUUUCAAGACGCAUGUAGUUUGUACUAUAUUGUUUAUUAAAAUGACUUGUUGUUGUAAACAUGAAAUCAGCAUGAACGUCAUCAAAUUUUAAGGUUAGAAAAUUUAAAGAAGAUCUACAAUGCAGGUUGCUUAAGGACACUCUUGUUCACUAUCAUAAAUAGUGUGCAUCGAUCACUGAGUACAUUCUUCUAUAGUAUCUACAUGACAUGAUUCUGUUUUGGUUACCGCAAGAGACAUAAAAAUGGCAGAUCGAGAUUAUGAUAUGGGUCCAGCUACUGAAAUGAUGGUAAAUGAUUUUGAUGAUGAACGGACUUUAGACGAAGAAGAAGCUUUAGAAGGUAGUGAAGAUUCUCACAACGAGUUGUCCAACUUGCAAAAGGAAGGUGAUAUGCCACUAAAAGAUCUACUUGCGAUGUAUGGAUACGGGGAUCCGUCGACUGAAAAUUCGAACAGUUCCGAUCGAAUGUUAAUACCAUCCGGAAGCGGCGAUCCAGAAGUUGAAGGACAGUACUCGGAUAAAGGUGACAACGAUGCGGAUGACGACGACGACGACGACGAAGCAGAUGCAACUAGUAACGAGCCAGAUCUUAAACAGUUUUAUUCAGAGAUGCUGGUAAAAGGAAAAGAUUCGACGUCAUUGGCGGGAUCGACGAUGAAAGGAAGCAAUACUGGUACCGUAGGUACUGGAGAUAGUGCUAGACGACAUCGAAUUCACGACGAUGACGACGACGAUGAAGAAGGAGAAGGCGAAGAAUGUUCCAUGACCGAUGGUUGUAGUAAUAAUGAAAAUACGAGGACAGCUCCAACGAUAGGGGGUACUAGUGCCGCAAAGUGUAGUGGUAUAACCACGCUUGCUGGUUGUACAAACGAUAAUACUGUUGGUGGAGUAGAGGGUAGUAUUAGUAGUGGUACUGUCGACGGAGGAGAGGAUGGAAUAGUUAGCGGUGCCAUUGGUAGUGGUACAUCAAGAUUAUUACGAAGCGUUUCACGACCACAGAGCGAGGAAGAAGAAGAUGAUUGCGACUAUAGUCCAGACGAGGAAGAAUGGAAAAAGACAAUCAUGGUUGGUAGCGAUUACCAAGCGGCUAUUCCGGAAGGGCUUUGUCGAUACGACGAUGCUUUACCUUAUGAAAAUGAGGAUAAAAUGUUAUGGGAUCCCAGUCAUAUUCCCGAAGAAGAAACUGAAGAAUUUUUAGAACGGGCACAAUUACCGGCCGUGCAAGGUGGUUCCUUGCCUGCAGGAUCUCAUAUUAGAGACGACGAACAAGCAUUAUAUUUAUUGUUACAAUGUGGUUACAAUCUUGAAGAGGCAUUAAGGAGGCGUAGGAUGAACGUUGUACCGCCAACGGACGCAGUUAGCCUUUGGUCGGAGGAAGAAUGUCACAACUUUGAAUCCGGAUUGCGAACAUACGGAAAAGAUUUUCAUCUUAUACAGAAGAAUAAGGUUAGAACGCGAUCUGUCGGUGAAUUGGUGCAAUUUUAUUAUUUGUGGAAGAAAACGGAACGCCACGAUAUAUUUACGUACAAAGCUCGUUUAGAAAAGAAAAAAUAUGCUUUACAUCCUGGUAUCACCAGGGACUAUAUGGACCGAUUCCUGGAGGAGCAGGAAGGUGUACGUGAUCGUAGCAGUUCCCCGAACGUUCAUUGCUUAUUGUAUGGCGAUGCUAAACGACAAAGAACAACCGCGAGCGCAGCGAAUACCGACGAACCAAAAUCAACGGAACCAUGGGAUGGUACUGCGGUUGAUCCUUUGGCAGAUCUGAAUGGACCAACUGUGGCACCACCACCACCUCCACCUCCGCCUCCACCACCACCGGCACCGACCGCUGUAACCGUAUCAUCUCCAGCUACGGUUUCAACUACAUUGCCAACUUCGAUGUAUUGUACUACACCAGCUCGUCAUUCCGAUUGUUCACCGUCCGACACUAGUUAUGCUAAUCCACACAUGUGGUCGAAUUUAACGUCUCGAAGUCACUCGACCACCUGCAUCGUAACAACGGUUACUGUCAGUACUACGACCAGUACCGUUCCGAUGGUUACGUCCGUUGGGAUUACAAGUACGGUUACGACGAGUUCGAUCGUAACUUCCGUUUCCUCGAACAAUUUUUACCACUCACGAGUGACGUCGAGAGGUAACGAUUCACACGAUUCCCCGUCACCUGAAAAUAUUUUACCUCAUUUGCCCCCUUAGCGUCGAACACGACCUUCAGGUUUUUAGCCUGGAAGGCGUCGAAUGUCUUUUUACGUGACGCGCUUUAUUCAGCACUCGCGUCAUCGCUAUCGUCGAUAACAUAUAACAUUCGUUAAUAUCACGAAUUAUAUUUUUAUACCGUAUCGUAAUAUGACUGUCGAUUACAUCAAGCGUAAUGAAACGUUAUUCGCGAGGCCGAAAAUUUAUAAGAUACGUUAAACGGAGAAUCAGUUGAAUAGCGAGUGGCACGUGAACGUAAAUUACUAUAGCUUUUUCUCCACUUUGUGCUUUCUACUUUCCGAUCGUUUCUAUCAUUCCUGUAGACCAGAUUUAUAAAGAAAUGAGUUUAAAUCGUCAAAACGAUUCACAUUUCCAGAUCUAUAAAUAAUUAAGCGUUAUCAAAGUGAGCAAGCGAUAAGUUGAAUUACAGAAUUGUAGCGCCGGGCGCAAAUUUAAAAAAGGAUAAUUGUAAUGUUGUUCUAUGCACGUGUCUGAUCACUGGUACUAAUUGUACAAAAUUACGAUCCACGAAUCUGACAACGUACAAGAUCUCGGUAAUCGUUUAAGAUGGUUAAAUUAAAUGAAAUUCGAUAAAAA